AUGGCCUCUCUCACCCUGUGCCAUUUAUGUUAUAAACAUUAUAAAUUGAGGCAGGAUGGUACCUUCGUUAGACAUGGUGGAAAAGUAAAAGGCUCAGAAUGCCCGGAAUCUAUGAAACACCGACCUUUGACCAGGAAACGAAGGUCAUUCAAUGUCGGCAAUGCAAACAUGUCAACGACGAGUGUCGACGCAAGAGUUUUUAACACUGCUGUUGAUUUGGAAAGUAAAUCGUCCUUGGGUGAACAUUUUUUUGAAAAAUCAUUUGGUUGUCAUUUAAUUGACCAUAUUCCUAAGCAAUACCGUGGUAAGUUCGGCCGGAUGCUGAAUGACAAUUGGAAAAACAUCUGCGAUAAUCCAUCAGAUGAUUCUCGGUGGUUCAGGUUACCAUGUAUUUCCAGCUUGGUUCUGCGUAAGGAGCUUCACGGAGGUGGACAACACAAUAUUAGCGCUAAAAUUAAUAGCAGAGUGGACACUUUUGUCAGAGAUUCAAAUGAAGAAUUAAUCGAACAGGGCAACGUUAUAAAUGCUAUGAGGACUCUAGCUUCGAAGGAUACGAUGGCUCCAGAUUCGGCAGAUAUUCUCAAUUCCCCAAAGGUCGAGCAUCCCUCCACUCCGUUAGACAAAAAAUCGAGUCCUAUUAAAAAAUCAAUAAGUGUUACGGUUAAUCCUCAGCCAAUUAUGUUGUGCUUGAGGCAGUUCCCAAAAGGAACCUCCGGAGGUAGAGACGGUCUAACUCCCCAGCACUUAAGGGAUUUAACACAUGAUAAGUUAGAAACAACAGACCUAAUCAAUGAAAUGAUCUGUUUCAUCAAUCUGCAGUUAAGUGGCACUGCCGAUUUUAAGAACUCUAAGUACAAGGAUGUUAACAACAACACGAAAGUUUUUGUCCCGAUUUGUGUGGAGACAUUCAGCCCAGUUGAUAAACAAACGCGAUUAUUUUUUAUAACAUAG